UCCCCCCGCCUCCAUUUUGUUCGCGGACGCUGGGGACGGUGGGAGCAGAUCCAUUUCCGGGUUGGUAAAAGGGGCGGCGGCGAGAAAGAGAGCUUGCGGCGGGGCGAACGGGCAGGACUAAACCGGGACAGAGGUGACCGAGGAAUCGCUCUCGGAGCAGCCCCGGCCAGGUAUAUGAGUGACCUAAAGCUGCAAAUAAAGACGGAGAGAGAACGGUGCCAACUGGGAGCAGGGCAAAGAUGCCAAUUCCUCCUCCCCCUCCACCCCCACCCGGUCCUCCCCCACCUCCCACCUUUAAUCAGGCAAACACAGAACAGCCCAAACUCAGUAGAGAUGAGCAGCGGAAUCGAGGCGCCCUCCUACAAGACAUUUGUAAAGGGACCAAACUGAAGAAGGUGACCAACGUCAAUGAUCGGAGCGCUCCCCUCAUUGAGAAGCCCAAAGGGAGCGGUGGUGGCUACAGUCCUGGCCCUGGAGCUGCUGCACUGCAGCCCAAGGGGGGCCUCUUUCAAGGAGGAGUGCCUAAGCUCCGACCUGUGGGAGCCAAGGAUGCUUCAGAGACUCCAGCUGGUAAGCCAGCCCUGCAAGUCCCCAGUUCCCGAGCUGCUGCUCCAAGGCCUCCAGUGUCAGCAGCCAGUGGGCGUCCUCACGAUGAUACCGAGAGCAGUCGAGCCUCCCUCCCAGAACUGCCCCGGAUGCAGAGACCCUCUUUACCGGACCUCUCCCGCCCCAACACCACCAGCGGUACCGGCAUGAAGCACAGCUCCUCUGCUCCUCCCCCACCGCCUCCAGGGCGGCGUGCUAACGCGCCCCCUGCUGCUCUGCCCCUGCACAGCAGCAAAACCCAAGCCUACAACAGGGAGAAACCAUUGCCUCCAACACCAGGACAGAGGCUGCACCCUGGUCGAGAAGGACAUCCUGUUCCACCCCCUGUAAAGCCACCUCCUUCUCCUGUGAAUGUCAGAACGGGACCCAGUGGCCAGUCUCUGGCUCCUCCCCCGCCGCCUUACCGCCAGCCUCCUGGGGUCCCCAAUGGGCCUUCAAGCCCCACCAAUGAGUCAGCCCCUGAGCUGCCACAGAGACACAAUUCUUUGCAUAGGAAAACUCCAGGGCCUGUCAGAGGCCUUGCACCUCCUCCACCCACCUCUGCCACCCCCUCCUUGUUGAGUAACAGGCCGCCUCCCCCAGCCCGGGACCCGCCCAGUAGGGGAGCAGCUCCUCCACCCCCACCACCCAUGAUCCGAAAUGGUGCCAGGGAUGCUCCCCCUCCCCCACCACCUUACCGAAUGCAUGGGUCAGAGCCACCGAGCAGAGGAAAGCCCCCACCGCCACCCUCAAGGACACCAGCUGGGCCACCGCCUCCUCCACCACCGCCCCUGAGGAAUGGCCAUAGAGACUCCAUCACCACUGUCCGCUCCUUCUUGGAUGAUUUUGAAUCCAAGUACUCCUUCCAUCCAGUGGAGGACUUUCCUGCUCCAGAAGAGUAUAAACAUCUUCAAAGAGUAUACCCCAGCAAGACAAACCGAGCUGCACGUGGAGCCCCCCCUCUGCCACCCAUUCUCAGGUGAAGCCUGGCUUGGUCCUGCUCCUCAGGAAAAGGAUGGAGCUCCUCUUCUCAGAUGGUCUCCCAACCCCUGAAACCUGCAUGAGAGCUCCUCCAGUGUUUCUCCAGUGCAGCCAACCAUAGAGUCCGAGCAUCCUCCCAGCCCAGCUCCAUCUAUGCAUCUCCUCUCUGGACUUGGUGAUUGGAUUCUUUCUACUGGCAGUAGGGUCUCAAGCCCGGUACCCACCUCUUCCAGGAGCCCUGCUAGCCGGAAGAGGAGAAAGCCUCCAUGUCGCCUGCUUUCUUCCAGGGAAAGGUGCCUUGUUGCGGUGAAUGGACUCAAAUUGGGCAAGGUGGAAAAUGGAACCCCUGUCUGCUGUUGCUCACCAGGGGCGAAGUGCGGUAUGCACACUGCAUUCCAUAGGUGGGGGUUGGUGUGCGCAGGACUUGUGAGGA